CCAACAAGCGUUUGCUGGCGGACAUUUACGUUCACCUUAUACUAAGGGUGGCAGGACUAACGGGUGGAAACAUGGAAGAUAUAUAUUCGAAAAUUCUUCUCGCAUCAAAUGAGCCUAUAUGAGUUUAGAGGAGAGCCGCUACGUGUGUCUCCCUCUCUCACACCGACCCCCUCCUCCUCCUCUGGCAAUUUAUAAAGAACAAAAAAUCCGACUAGGGAGGGGGUUGAUACGCCGAAGCUGAAAUCGAGAGGCGAACCCAGGAAAGGAGUAUUUUGUACACGGGACUUUCCCCCCCUUCGUCCCCCAAAAGGAGGGGGAAAAGUCACAAUUGUGGAAUCGAAAAGGAAAAUACGGUUAAAAAGACGUGAAAACGUCUUUCGUUGUGGAUACCGUAUAUAUUUUUAAUUCGAAAAAAUAUGGCCGAGAACGUUCUGGACUCUGGCCCGCCUUCAGCCAAGAGGCCUAAACUAUCCUCUCCGGCACUUUCUGUCUCCGCCAGCGAUGGAAACGAUUUUGGCUCGUUAUUUGACCUGGAGCACGACCUCCCUGACGAGCUCAUCAACUCUUCGGAGUUGGGACUGGUCAACGGAGGGGAUCUCAGCCAGCUGCACACCAGUCUGGGGGGAGGAGGAGGUGGGAUGGGGAUGGGCCCCGGAGGUGGUGGUGGCCAGGAUGCAGUGGCCAAACACAAGCAGCUCUCUGAGCUCCUUCGGUCGGGUGCUCCACCAGCCUCCAGCCAGCAGGGCCAGGGGACUGUGGGAAGUCCAGGAGGGGCCAGCAUGGGCCACCUGGGGAACAUGAAGGUGUCCCCUGGGCCUCAGAGCAUGGGCCAGCAGCAGCACCUCUCACCCCAGCAGCAGGCCAGCAUGAUGCAGCAGCAGGCAGGAAUGGUGGGUGCCAUGAACAGGGGCAUGAUGGGAGCUCAGAAGGGCAACGGACAGCAGCAGGCCAUGAUGGGGGGACAGGUGAUGAACGGCUCACCCAGGAUGGGCUUCUCAAACCAGGGAAUGGGGGGGAACAGCAACCUGCUGGCUGAGACCCUGCAGCAGCAAGGGCCCGGUGGACAGGCGGGACUCAGAGUACAGCAACCUGGAGCACUGAACAAGAUGGGAAUGAUGGGUAACCCGGGCCCCUAUGGAGGCCCCUAUGGUGGGCAGCAGGCAGGUCAGGGCCUGGGUGGAGCAGGGCUGGGCCCUCAGCUCCAGAACAAAGGCUCCAUGCCCAACAACCUGGCCCAAUUCAGCAUGGACAAGAAGAGUCAGCCCAUGCAGGGCAUGGCUGCCAUGGCAUCCCAGCAGUCUGCUGCUGGUGUGGGUGGUGGAGCCGGACCUGGGGGCACUCCAGGGAUGGUCCCCAAUGCCCAGGGAGGCCUCGGGUCUGCCGUAUCUGCAGCUGCUGCGGCCGCCGCAGUCGGAGCGCCCCCCACGGCCGACCCGGAGAAACGCAAACUCAUCCAGCAGCAGCUGGUGCUUCUACUCCACGCCCACAAGUGCCAGCGGCGGGAGCAGGCCAACGGCGAGGUGCGCCAGUGCAACCUGCCCCACUGUCGCACCAUGAAGAACGUCCUCAACCACAUGACCCACUGCCAGGCCGGCAAGUCCUGCCAAGUGGCUCACUGUGCGUCCUCCAGACAGAUCAUCUCUCACUGGAAGAACUGUACGCGGCACGACUGUCCCGUCUGCCUGCCGCUCAAGAAUGCUGGGGACAAGAGGAAUCAGCAGUCUCUUCUAGGAGGGCCUGGUGUAGGUCUGGGUAGUUCAUUGGGCUCAGUACCAGGAGCCCAGCCUAGCGCCCCCAGCCUCAAUCCCCCCAGCCAGAUGGACCCCAGCUCUAUUGAGAGGGCUUAUGCCGCCCUGGGCCUCACCUACCAGGGCACCCAGAUCCAGAGCCAGUCCAAUCAGGCUGCCCUGCCCUCACAGGGCCUGCAGGGUCAGCCAGGCAUGAGACCACUCAACCCCAUGGGUGGGAACCCGAUGGGAGUGAAUGGCGGGGUUGGUGUUCCACCACAAAACCAGCAGGCUAGCCUACUGCAGGACACCAUGCUGCACCUCAACAUGACCUCUCAGAGUCUGAUGAAUGAUGCAGGCGGGGCUGGUAACAUGGGCUCCAUGCCCACCGCAACGCCACCCUCAGCGCCGGGCAUGCGGAAGAGUUGGCACGAAGAUAUCACCCAGGACUUGAGGAACCACCUGGUUCACAAACUGGUUCAAGCCAUUUUCCCAACUCCGGACCCAGCUGCUCUGAAGGACAGGCGGAUGGAGAACCUGGUGGCGUAUGCUAGGAAGGUGGAGGGGGACAUGUACGAGUCUGCCAACAGCAGGGCGGAGUACUACCACCUGUUGGCUGAGAAGAUCUAUAAGAUUCAGAAGGAGUUGGAGGAGAAGAGGCGGACGCGGCUCCAGAAGCAGGAUGGUCCACUCCCAGACCCCUCGCGGCCCCUUGGACCUAACCAGAUGGUUAAUAGGAUGCAGAACCCGGCAGUUAUGAACCAGUUCAACCAAAUGGGGAUGCAGUCUAUGGGUCAGAGGUCAACCCCCCCUCUCCCCCUCACUCCCGUCAACCAGAUGGGGAUGGGGAACCCUAGGAUGGGCCAGGCCAAUGUGGGCCAGAACCAGUACCUGCCCCAGGGGCAGUUCCCCGGUUCCGGUCCAGGACCAGUUCUUGGCACGGUGCAGUCUGGCAUGACAGAGCCUGGUAUGAACCAGCAAAACAACCAGGGAGGCAUGGGACAGACUCCGAUGCCCACUUCUUCACCUCUCCCCGUAAACAGCCCGCUAGCGGGCCCCGGCUCUGUCGGCGGUGGUUGUGGUGUCCCCUCAGUGGGGCCCAUGGGUCCCCAGAGUGUGGGUGGAGGGCCCUCGUCCAACCUGCCCCUGUCCAACAAUCCUCAGCAGUCUAACUCCAUCCCCCACCUUUCAGCCAUGCGCCAGAGCUCACCCUCCCCUGCCCGCAGCCGUACCCCAACGCCUCACCAAACGCCACCCAGGCUAGCUGGCUCCCAGACACCCCAGCCCCACACCCCUAACCCGCCUCAGUUGGUUCCCCCAGCUCCUCAGCAACAACUGGGGCCUGGUAGCCAGGGUCCAGGAUCCAACAAGCCCAUGCAGCAGGGGAUGGGAGCGGGUUCCACCACACCAUCUCACCCUGGUCAUCCCUCUACAACCCCCAACCCCCAUGGAAGCCAGCACCCUCGCACGCCACGCACUCCGAUGUCCCAGAAGGGUGGUUUCCAGUCCCAGGACAGCCAGGCUCUCACUCCGGCGUCGGUCAGCAGUGUGGACACGGCCUCCCAGCAGGCCUCCCAGUCAGACACCUCUGCCUCCGUCGACCCCAAGGUUGAGGUCAAGCAGCAGCCAGACGAGGAGGACGACGGGGACGGGGACUGUUCCAAGGGAGGGAAACUGUCCAACGUAAAGACUGAAAGCAAGCCUAUCAAAAUUGAGGGGGUGAAGAAAGAGGAGUGCGGCGGCGGCGGCGAUGGGGGCAAAUGUGUUCCCAUGGAAACAUCCUCAUCGACCGGGGUUAAAGGUGAAGACCGAGUGAAGACUGAAGACCGGAAGCCAGAGGUGAAGAAGGAGCCGAAAGAGGAGGAGAAGGGAUCGGACUCUCCUGGUACUCCGUCUGGUGCCCAGAGCAAGAAGAAGAUCUUCAAGCCAGAGGAGCUGCGGCAGGCCCUGAUGCCCACAUUGGAGUCCCUGUAUCGCCAAGACCCAGAGUCUCUGCCCUUCAGACAGCCUGUAGACCCGCAGUUACUGGGUAUACCUGAUUACUUUGACAUAGUGAAGACCCCCAUGGACCUGUCCACUAUAAAGCGUAAACUGGACACCGGUCAGUACCAGGAGCCCUGGCAGUACGUAGAUGACAUCUGGGUCAUGUUGAACAACGCCUGGCUCUACAACCGCAAGACGUCCCGCGUCUACAAGUACUGCUCCAAGCUGGCCGAGGUGUUUGAGGCUGAGAUUGAUCCGGUCAUGGUCAGCCUGGGCUACUGCUGUGGCAGGAAGUUGGAGUUCUCGCCCCAGACGUUGUGCUGCUAUGGGAAGCAGCUGUGCACUAUCCCCCGGGACGCUGCCUACUUCAGCUACCAGAACAGGUACCACUUCUGUGAGAAGUGCUUCAACGAAAUCCAGGGGGACAACGUAUCCCUGGGAGAUGACCCCUCCCAGCCUCAGACUUCCAUUGGUAAAGAUCAAUUUGAGAAGAAGAAGAAUGACACACUGGACCCUGAAUUGCUUGUGGAAUGUAUGGACUGCGGACGUAAGAUGCACCAGAUCUGCGUCCUGCACAAUGAUACUAUUUGGCCGUCAGGUUUUACUUGUGAUGGCUGCUUAAAGAAGUUAAAUAAGACUCGAAGAGAGAACAAGUAUGCUGCCAAAAGGCUGCCUCAGACUAAGCUUGGCUGUUAUUUGGAGACACGGGUGAAUGACUACCUGAAACGCCAGAGCCACCCUGAGUCCGGUGACGUCACCAUCCGAGUGGUCCACGUCUCUGACAAGGUGGUGGAGGUCAAACCAGGCAUGAAGUCCAGGUUUGUGGACACCGGGGAGAUGUGUGAGUCAUUCCCAUACAGAACGAAAGCCCUCUUUGCGUUUGAGGACAUCGAUGGAGCCGAUGUCUGCUUCUUCGGCAUGCAUGUGCAGGAGUACGGCUCAGACUGCCCGCCGCCCAAUCAGAGACGGGUGUACAUCUCGUACCUGGACAGUGUUCACUUCUUCCAGCCUCGUUCUCUGCGGACAGGCGUCUACCACGAGAUUCUCAUUGGCUACCUGGAGUACGUGAAGAAGCUGGGCUACACCACAGGCCACAUCUGGGCCUGUCCUCCCAGUGAAGGGGACGACUACAUCUUCCACUGCCACCCUGUGGACCAGAAGAUCCCCAAACCCAAAAGGCUGCAGGAGUGGUACAGGAAGAUGCUGGACAAGGCUGCGGCAGAGCGCAUUGUCCAUGACUACAAGGACAUCUUCAAGCAGGCUACGGAGGAUCGCCUCACCAGUGCCAAGGAGCUGCCCUACUUUGAGGGGGACUUCUGGCCCAACGUCCUGGAGGAGAGCAUCAAGGAGUUGGAGCAGGAGGAAGAGGAGAGAAAAAGAGAGGAAAACAGCACUUCCAACGAGAGCAUAGAUGCCACAAAGGGCGAUAGCAAAAACGCCAAAAAGAAGAACAAUAAAAAGACGUCUAAGAAUAAGAGCAGUAUGAGCCGAGCCAAUAAGAAGAAGCCAGGCUUGCCUAACGUGUCCAAUGACCUGUCUCAGAAACUUUAUGCCAGCAUGGAGAAACACAAAGAGGUAUUUUUUGUGAUCCGUCUUAUAGCAGCACCAAUGUCCAACACCCUGGGCCCCAUCGUGGAUCCUGACAGCCUGAUGGCCUGCGACCUGAUGGAUGGGCGUGACGCCUUCCUCACUCUGGCCCGGGACAAACACCUAGAGUUCAGCUCGCUGCGCAGGUCCAAGUGGAGCUCCAUGUGCAUGCUGGUGGAACUACACAACCAGAGCCAGGACCGCUUCGUCUACACCUGCAAUGAGUGCAAGGGCCACGUGGAGACACGCUACCACUGCACAGUCUGCGAGGACUAUGAUCUGUGCAUCACCUGCUACAACACUAAGGGUCACAUCCACAAGAUGGAGAAGCUUGGUCUGGGCCUGGAUGACGAAAGCAACAAUGCUGCCGCCUCAUCCAUCGCCAACCCAGGGGACUCCCGGCGCCUCAGCAUCCAGCGCUGCAUCCAGUCCCUGGUUCACGCCUGCCAGUGUCGCAACGCCAACUGCAGUCUACCAUCCUGCCAGAAGAUGAAGCGCGUGGUGCAGCACACGAAAGGUUGCAAGCGCAAGACCAACGGCGGCUGCCCCAUCUGUAAGCAGCUCAUCGCCCUGUGCUGCUACCACGCCAAGCACUGCCAAGAGAACAAGUGCCCCGUGCCCUUCUGCCUGAACAUCAAGCACAAGCUGAGGCAGCAGCAGCUCCAGCACCGUCUCCAGCAGGCCCAGAUGCUGCGGAGGAGGAUGGCCAGCAUGCAGAGGGUGGGCCAGCCCCCGCCGGGACCAGGGGGCAACGGUGGCCUACCGUCUCCGGGAAACAAUGGCACGACCGGGCCUAGUACCCCUGUGGGGACGCAGCCACCCACCCCUCAGACACCCAACCAGGGGAACAUGCCUCCAGGACCCCAGCAGGGGAUGGGCCAGGGUCCCCCUGGACAGCAGCAGCAGAUCCAGCAGCACCAAAUGCACCACCAGUUUCAACAGCAGAUGCAGCAGCAGCAGCAGCAGCAGCAGCAGGGUGGAGGGGGCAUGAUGAACUCCCCACAACAGCAACAACAGAUGGUCCAACAACAGCUUCAGCAGCAGCAGGGUCAGUCUCCCAAUGUCCAGCAGAUGCAACACCAAGGAGGCCUGCCUCCCUACACCCCUAGACCUCCAGGAGCCUCCCCCCUCCACCAGUCCCUGGGCAAACCGGGUCUUGGCCCAGCCACCCCUCCACAGCAGCAGGCCAAUCCCGGCCAAGCUUCCAUGGCCCAGGGACAGCAGCAGCAGGGGCCCCCUCCGGCUGCGGUAGAGAUUGCGUUGAAGAUCCAGCGUGUGGCGGAGACCCAGCGUCAGAUGGCCCAGGCUCAGAUCCUCCAGAGGCAGCAGGCGGCCCAGGGUGGAGGUAUGAUGUCCCCUCACCCCCACCACCAGAACCCCCAGGCCCAGAUGCAAGGCAUGACCCACCCAGGAGCGGGCAUGGUCGGGCCUCAGGGAAUGAAUCCCCAGGGCCAGGGUGGGGCAGGGAGGACCCUGAUGGAGCAGCAGCAAGCUAUGGUUGUGGGUCCUGGAGGCCUGCAGCAACAAGGUGGUCCCCAGUCCCAGCUUCCCCCCCAGGUUCAGCUCCAGCAGCAGUCCCAACUCCAGAACCCUAACCAACAGCAGUGGGGUGGUGCAGGUGGGAUGACCCCCCAGCAGAGGCAAGGCAUGAUGGGACAAAUGGGUCACCUGACACCCCAGCAACAACAGCAGCUUGCUCAGCAGCAACGGCAGCUCGUGCAGCAGCAGCAGCAGCAGCAGCAGCAGCAACAACAACAACAACAGCAGCAACAGCAAGGUCAGCCCCAACAGCAAGCAGGACAAGGGGGUUUAAUGGGGCUGAUGGGAGGUCCAGGGGCUGUGGCCGGGGCAGCAGCGGCAAUGGCGGGGACUGGGAACCUUCCCCAGGCAGCUCUACAAGACCUGCUGCGUACCCUCCGUUCCCCAAGCUCUCCUGGUCAGCAGCAACAGGUCCUUAAUAUACUCCGCUCCAACCCCCUCCUCAUGGCUGCCUUCAUCAAGCAGCGGGCUGCCCGAUACCAAGGAGGUCCUGGGGUUCCGGGGUCCCCGGGGGUGGGCCCUGCAGGUGUGCGGUUCCAGGGGGCCCCGGGUGGAACAGGAGUGGGCCCCGGAGGGCCUGGGGGGACUCAGGUAGUAAUGGAUGGUCAGCAGGUGAACUUAAACCCUGGAGUAGCUCAGGCAGGGAUGAACAUUGGCCAGGGAGGAGGAAAUAUGGCCACUAUGGCUCAGAUACAGCAGUUGCAGCAGCAACAACAGCAGCAGCAGCAGCAACAGCAGCAGCAGCAGCAACAGCAGCAGCAGCAACAGCAGCAGCAGCAGCAGCAACAGCAGCAGCAGCAGCAGCAACAGCAGCAGCAGCAGCAACAACAACAACAGCAGCAGCAGCAACAACGGCCCCUCCUGCCUGGAACUCUGCAACAACAGCAGCAAAUGGCAGCCCUACAACAACAGCAACAGCAAGGUGGUAUACCAGGCCAAGGCACCCCCAUGUCCAGCAUGAAUCCCCAGUUUAGAGAGCUUCUGAUGAGAAGGCAUCUGCUGCAGCAGCAGCAGCAGCAGCAACAACAACAACAACAACAGCAGCAGCAGCAGCAGCAGCAGCAACAGAUGAGUAACAAUAGUCAGUUCCAACAGCCCCAGACCCCACAACAACAGCAGGGUCCAGGUCAGCAGGGCUUCAUGCAACAGGCCCAACCUGGUCAACCUGGCCAGCCCCAGCCUGGUGGAGGAGGACCGCCACAGCAGGGGGGAGGCCCCCAGGGUCCCCAGCCUGGACCAGGGCCAGGCCAGCAAGGACAGGGCUACCCGCAGGUAGCCGCGGCCCUGCAACAGAGGCUGCAGCACCAGAUGCAAAUGCAGAUGCAGCAACAGCAGCAACAGCAGCAACAGAUGCAGCAGCAGAUCCAGCAGCAGCAGAUCCAGCAGCAGCAGCAGGAUGGUGGCAGUGGGCCUGGACAGCUCCAACAAGGGCCGCAGGGACCAGGGCCACAGGGUCCCCAGCAGGGCCAGGGUGGUCCCUCCCAGGCACAGUCGUCCCAUGCCAUGCUCCAGCAGGCACUCCACCAGAGAAGGCUCCAGCAGCAGCACCUAGGGGGGGGUUCGCCAGCUCAACACACCAGUCCCAUGAGUCCCCAACAGCAGAUGGCCCAGUCCCCACACCCCCACCUUCAAAGCCAGGCUCUUGGCGGUCAGUCCCUCAGCAGCCAGGUGCGUUCCCCUCAGCCCUCCCCCCGGCCGCAGUCCCAGCCGCCCCACUCCAGCCCCUCACCACGCAUGCAGCCCCAGCCCUCCCCUCACCGUAUUUCCCCACAGACCCAGACAGGAUCCCCGCACCCUGGUCACCUCUCCCAGCACCACCCCGGAAUGGGGGCCCCCCAAAACCCACAGCUGUCGCAGCAGCAGCAGGCAAACUCUGGGGACCCGGGUACAUUUGGUUCGGACCCUAGUGCCAUGAUGUCCCAAAUAAGUGGAAUGGGGGGGUUGCAUGGUCCGGGACAGUCAGAGAUGUUGUCUAAUAAUAACCAGGACCUGGGGACGAACAUUAACCACAACAGUCUAGACAUUAUGUAGCCGCCUACUACUACUACGUUUGUCUCAGUGUUCUGAAGAACUGUCCUCAUGGGUCUGGCUGGGAUGGAAUGAAGGUGGGAUGGCAGUUUUAGAAGUUAUUUUAUUUAAUAUUUUUCUGAUGUAUAAAUGAAAAGAACUGAACUUCCUAUGGGAGAUGCAACAUUAAAUCUACAAGUUAAUAAAUGAAUAAAUUAAAACGAAUGAUAAGUUAUUGCUGUUAAUAUAUACAUAUAUAUACAUAUAUGUGUAUGUAUUUUUGCCAAUUGUGUACAAAAGGUGUAAGGGGUUUCUGGAUGGGAAAGAUUUCUUCCUUAGUAUAUGACACAAGUAAUAUUUUUGGGGACUGAGAAUUUUGCCUUUUUUUACGAAUAUUUUUAAGAUUUUAAAUGUGGUGGAAAAUUAAAGAGUGACAAUACAAUUUACCUUUUUAUCGUUUCGUUUUCCUCCAUAAAACCAGUCAUGAUUGUAUCUGUUUUGCAGAGAAAUGUUUUUUUUGUUUUUGUUUUUUUUAUGAUAUAAUUAUAUUAAUUUUGCUGGAUCUACAAACAAACAUCACAACAUAUCUUCCUUUUUUCUUUUUGUAGUUUUUUUAAUUUACGUUUUUUCCAGCGGAUGUACUUUGCGACUGCUACAAUUCACAUAGAAUAUAUUUUUGUUAAUGACUGUUCAAAAACCGAGAGGGUUGUAUUUUUUAUUUUGACCUUUUUUAUGGUUUUGUUAGGGAUCCAAGUUAAACAGUGUUGCUGGGGAGGUGAAUGCGGGGUGACGGGAAGCAUCUCAGGUUGGAAGCUUUCCGUUAGGCGUCUCCUACAGGAGCCACUUCUCCCGCUGCGAAUCGUCCCUGCUUUUCUUUCCCAUGAAUGUGGACCCUCCCUUUACCCCCACACUAACUACAGAACGAUUGAGAUGAACUUACUGCUGAUGUUGCUAGUUGGCAGCUGCCAGCUGAUUCAGAGGAUGGGUGGAUCUGUGUAGUAUAUCCUUAUGAACUGAAACAUGGAGGAGGAGGGAGGGGGGAUUUGGAGGUGGGAAAGUUGUGGAGGGGUUUCCAAGGAAUAAACGUUUCUUAAUCCUUGUGGUUUUAGAACAUUGUCAACAAUGCUGCCCUUCCCCUCCUCUCUUCCUGGUUACAUCCCCCUCUUCUUUGGCCCUGAACUUUUGGGUUUAAUUUAAUGUUAAUACUGUACAAAGAAACUGUGGAAUUUAAUGAAAUACUGUUUUUGUAAUAAAAUGAAAAACAAAUUUGAGCUGUACAGACUUUCAAACGAUGAGCAGAAAUACUUUUUCCACUGCUGAUUUUUAACUCAUUUGGUUUCCUACAACCUGGGCUCCUCCCAAACGAUGUAAAAGUAUUGAGUUUUGAAAGGUACAGUGUGGGGUGUGGGUCAUAUGAGCACCAAUGCGCCUUUAUGUGUAUUUUUUGACAAACUGGUCAUUGCAACAAAUCACGCCUUGAUGAUUGCUGUGAACUCCAACACUUUCACAUGAACACAUGCACAAAACAAAACUGGGGAGUAGGCUUAUUGGUAUGGUCAGAAAAUUGGAUAUUUUGCCUCAUUAAAUAAUUACACAAGAUUUCACAGUUCACUUAUUUUUCGCUAAAGGUUGUUUUUUUUGGGGGGGGGACACAAAAAGUGGCAAUAUAUCUUGAGACUUAUUUUAUAAAAAACAAGGAAAAAACUUGUCUUUUAUAUAUAGAUAUAAUUUUAUUUUAUUUUUUUGAAAAUAAAACUUGAAGCUACAGGAAUUAAUAGAUUAAAAACUUUUUUUUUUUAAUUAAAGAUAAUGGCGAUGCAAAAUGACACCGUGGUCAUUCACAGCCCUCUUUGGGACUGAAUAUAUCAUGCCAUUUUGAAGAAAUGUUCAUGAACAUGCAUAUAAAUGUAUACAUACUGAAUCACUGUACAAACCAUGGCAACUGAACAACUUUGUUUCAUUUUGUUUCUUCCUAAAGAGACUGGAAAUAAGACUAUUUAAUAUUUGUUUAGUGUUCAAAUGAAAUCUUUGACCACUUUCCUUUUCUCUUAACAUUUUGGUGCUUGCUGAGAGAAAGCAAAAAAUAUAUAACUGUUGCUCCAUUUUCAUUAGUUUCUUUUUUUAAGUUAUUUUGGUGGUCUGUUUUUUGCCAAUAAAUUAAUUGUACAAUAAAGUAUGUUUGUACCAUUGGAAAAAUA